AUGAUCAAAACGCUCAAAGAUCGUAUCUCGGUUCUUGAACGGUGCGAGACCAGUUCCGACUCCACCAAGAAGCAGCAGCCACGAACAAGUUCCAAACCAUCGACUGGCAAGCAGCCGUUCCAGAGGGCCAACGCGGCGACCACUCCGGCCCAACCGGAGUUCCAGUGUGGAGUCUGCGGAGAAGGCCACCUCACCUUCCGAUGCGCCAACCUCACUGGCCUAACGGUGGCCCAGCGCAGAGAGAAGGUCCGGAGCAAGAACCUGUGCUUCAACUGUUUGCGCAGUGGCCACAGCUGGAAGAGGUGCUCGUCGAAGAACUCGUGUGGCAAGUGCCAACAACGCCACCACUCCCUGCUGCACGAUGAAGCGAAGGCUGAACCCGUGCCGAAGUCCACACCGCAGCAGAGUGCUGCCCCACCAAAGAACCCGACGCCAGUGGUCCAACCCGCUGGCCAACAGGCGCCGCCGACGACCGAGGCGACGUGCAACCACACCCAGACGACGAAAACCGUCAUGCUCCUGACGGCGGUGGUCCACCUGAGCGACACCCAGAACCGACCUGUGCCGUGCCGAGUCCUGCUGGACAACGGUUCGCAGGUCAACUUUAUUUCGGAGUCCAUGGCAAAACGCAUCAACAUACAGAGAGUGGCUACAACCGUCCCAAUUUGCGGCAUCGGCGCCGUGAAGACGUACGCCAGGGAAGCGGUCACAGUCGAGCUCCAGUCCCGGUACAACAGCUUCGCGAUGAACGUUGAGUGCUUGAUCGUGCCCAAGGUGACUGGACUGAUUCCGUCGUCGCCGGUAAACAUCGCUGACUGGCCGAUUCCGGAGUGUAUCCAGCUGGCCGAUCCCGACUUCCAGACUCCGGACCGCAUCGACUUGCUGCUCGGAGUGGCCAUGUUCUUCCGGCUCCUGAAAAGUGGACACAUUGAGCUGGGGAACAACCUGCCGGAUCUACGCGAGACCUACCUGGGCUGGGUCGUCGCAGGAGAGGUCGGGGACACCGUCCCUGGUCCACAGUACAGCCACACCGCAACGUUGGAGGACAUCAGCGAGGCGAUUCAACGCUUCUGGCAGGUCGAAGAGAUCGAAUCUGCUACGCCUGUCACCACCGAACAGGAAGAUUGCGAGACUUUUUUCCGUUCAACCCACAAGCGGGACCCUACCGGUCGGUACGAGGUUCGCUUGCCGUUCCGCCCUGUCGUCGCCAGACUCGACGACAACCGCAGCCUCGCCCUGCGGCGUUUCCUGUCGUUGGAGAAGCGACUCAACCGAGACCCGGACCUGCGGAAACAAUACGGUGAGUUCAUCCAAGAAUACCAAUCCCUGGGGCACUGCAAAACGGUUGACGAAACUGUUGACUCACCGAAACUUGGCCGCUACUACUUGCCCCACCAUGCCAUUCUCCGCCCCUCGAGCUCAACGACCAAGUUGAGGGUCGUUUUCGAUGCCUCGGCCAAGAUGUCUCCCUCUGCCACCUCCCUGAACGACGCGCUGCAGAUCGGGGGAAACGUUCAAAACGAUCUCUUCUCGAUUCUGUUGGCCUUCCGCAAACACCCUGUCGUCUUCACCGCGGACAUCUCAAAGAUGUACCGCCAAAUCCGAGUCGCUUCAGCUGACACCAGCUACCAGCGGAUCUUCUGGAGGAACGAUCCGUCCGACUUCGUCCAGGUCCUUGAACUCACAACCGUGACUUACGGGACAGCGGCUGCUCCUUUUCUCGCGACGAGGUGUCUGGUCCAACUGUGUGAAGAUGAGGGUGAAAAUUUCCCGUUAGCAGCCAGCAUCGUUCGCAACGCCUGCUACGUCGAUGACAUAUUGGCAGGUGCUGACACACCCGAGGAGGCGAUCGAAUGUUUGCGACAACUUCAAGGCUUGCUGGGUCGUGGUGGAUUCCCCAUCCACAAGUGGAGCUCGAACACGCCGACAGUGAUGGACCAGAUUCCAGAAAGUGAGCGGGAGAAGCUGAUCGACCUGGACGGGCUAUCCGGUGGCGUGGUCAAGGCUCUGGGACUGUACUGGUGUCCUGGAGAUGAUGAUUUCCGGUUCACCGCAACUCAAUCCGACGCCGAGGCCACCAAGCGGCGUGUACUUUCCGAGAUUGGGAAGUUCUUCGACCUCCUGGGACUCCUGUCGCCAGUCAUCAUCAUGGCCAAGAUGCUGAUGCAGAAGGCGUGGAACGAAGGCCUGACGUGGGACGUGCUACUCAACGGAGAACUGGGCACCACGUGGCAGCAGUUUCAAACCGCACUACCGGACGUGCGGGAAAUUCGUAUCCCUCGGUACGUAAUCGGCGCCGGCAGCGUCGGCCUUGAGCUCCACGGCUACAGCGACGCCUCGAAGCUGGCAUACGCAGUGGCACCCAACAAGCAGCUCGACAUCCACCGUCUGGAACUGCUCGGCUGCAGACUGCUGUCGCGGUUGGUGGUCAAGGUCAUCGCUGCGCUCAAGCUUCCGUUUCGCGCUGUGGUGCUUUGGUCGGACAGUCAGGUGGUGCUGGCCUGGCUCAAGAAAUCGCUAGAUCUGCUCCAAACUUUCGUGCGCAACCGCGUCGCAGAAAUCCUCCAAGAAACGGCCGGUUUCAUCUGGAACUACGUACGCACCAAGGACAACCCGGCCGACCUGAUCUCGCGCGGAAUGUUCCCGGCUCCGUUGAUGAAGUGCAAGAAGUGGUGGGAAGGACCGUCGUACAUGGCACCCGUCGUGUACCCCGUCGAACCUGCAAGAGAAGUGCCAGAUGAAGAACUGCCUGAAUUGAGGAAGGUCAAAAUGGUCGCGAUGCUUGCCUUCAACUCCAACGAGCUGCCAAUCUUCGAGACGUGCAGUUCUUUCCGGAAGCUGCAGCGCGUGAUGGCGUACGUCGUGCGCUUUGUGAACAACUGCAAGCAAAAGAACCCGGCGGACCGAGUUCACCGACGCCACCCGUCCAUUCCGGAGCUGCGGGCGGCGCUUAACUUGAUCGUGAAGGUGGUGCAGCACGACGUGCUGUCCAAGGAGAUACAGCAGGUGGCCGAGAACGAUUCGGCCGGAAAGCUCCAGUGUCUGGCACCUUUCUUGGACAACGGCCUUCUGCGAGUAGGAGGUAGACUGCAGCAAUCGGAGCUGCCGUUCGGGACGAAACACCAGCUGAUUCUACCGAAGCAUCGGGUCACGGACUUGAUCAUCCGAGCUUACCACGAGGAGCACCUGCACGCGGGGCCGUCGGCCUUGCUUGCCAUCUUGAGAAGGCAAUUCUGGCUGCUCGACGGACGGUCGACAGUCCGGAACGUCACGAGAAGUUGUGUGACCUGCUUCCACGUGAAGCCGCGCAACUCGAGUCAGCUGAUGGGGAUGCUGCCGUCCAGCCGGGUGUCGCAAGCGUUUCCGUUCGAAGAGGUCGGCGUGGACUACGCUGGACCCGUCUUCGUGAAAGUUGGACUCCGGAAGCCGCAGAUGGUCAAGGCGUACAUUGCGGUCUUCGUGUGUAUGACGACAAAGGCGGUACACCUGGAGCUCGUGUCCGAUCUGACGACAGAAGCGUUCUUGGCCGCUCUCCAACGUUUCGUCAGCCGACGCGGCGUGCCUCGACAGAUCCACUCCGAUAACGGCACAAAUUUCAAGGGGGCCAAAACCGAGCUUCACGAGCUGUACCUCCUGUUCAAGCAGCUUGCCUUCAACGACCAGAUCGAAACGUACUGCCAGCCAAAGGAGAUUGCCUGGUCGUUCAUCCCUCCCGGUGCACCGAACUUCGGGGGGCUUUGGGAGGCGGCUGUAAAAAGCACCAAAUAUCACCUCAAGCGGAUUUUGAAAAAUGCUCAACUCACCUUUGAGCAGUACGCCACCGUGCUGGCCGAGGUUGAAGCCGUGCUCAACUCCCGGCCGCUGUUCGCGAUGUCGUCCGACCCCUCGGAUCCGGAGAUCCUGACGCCGGGACAUUUCCUGAUCGCGCGGCCGCUCACGGCCAUCCCUGAGCCAACCUACGACGGAAUCCCGACGAACCGGCUGUCCAAGUGGCAGCAUCUUCAACGUCUUCGAGAGCACUUCUGGAAGGUCUGGAAGAACGAAUAUCUCACCAGUUUGCAGCCAAGGGGAAAGAACCUGAAGGAGAAACCAAACGUCCGUCCGGGAAUGGUGGUUCUACUGGAGGACAAGGAAGCGGCGCCGCUGCAGUGGAAGCUGGGAGUCGUAACGAACACCUACCCGGGGCCCGAUGGCCUCGUCCGAACUGCUGACGUGAGAGUCGGCGGCACUACAGUCCGGCGGCCAAUCACCAAGCUGGCCAUCCUCCCGAUCCGGGACAAUGAACCUACUCCUGCUGGGUCUGCCCCCAGCCCGGGGGGAGGAUGUUGAGUCUUCAACGUCCGGCAGUAAAUUGGCAACACUUGCUGUCACCGCAGCCAGUUUGCUUAGAUCGACGAACCACCCUGUAGAGAAAAACGCAACCGUUGCUGCGAUCGGCGACGGAAGAGGAAGGAGAGAAACGCGCGAAACCGAGAGUUGGAGAAGCAGCAACUUGACUCGGGAGGAGUCUCGCGCCACCAGUCGUUGGAACAAGUUCUAGCAAAUCGCUGUAGUUUAACUAGAAUAAAUUAGUGGUUUAGAAUUAGAACCGCGUGUGUACCCUUCUUUCCAACGCCCACUGCCAGUUCAAGUCCACCAUCUUUUCGGAAACCCAAUUCCGCCGUUUUUUCGUGGGGCCAGUCUGUGGCCCGAACAAGCAGAAUGAUUAUUUUCAAAGAAGGGAAAACCUCAAGUAAAUAAAAAGCUUUUCAGAAAAUCAAUGUGUAAUGUGUCCUGUUAAGAAAAUAAAUAGCUUGAGUGUAUUUUUAAAGAAUGAAAAACCUCAAGGAAAAAUACAUUAUACAUUGAUUUUCUGAAAAGCUUUUUUUUUUAUCUUGAGAUUUUCCCUUCUUUAAAAAUACACGUUCUUUCAUCAAAGUAAUGGGAUUUUAUGUAAGAAUUAUCCCUUCUUUUGUUAAUUCUACUAAAUUUCAACUAGUUUUUGUUAAGGAACUCUGCACUAUAAAGAAGAAUGUGUUUUUUUUCAAAGAAGGGAAAUCCUCUAGAAAAAAAAGCUUUCAGAAAAUCAAUGCAUAAUGUAUAUUUUCUUGAGGUUUUCCCUUUUUUAAAAAUACACGAUCUUUAAUCGAUGUGAUGGAAUUUCGUGUAAGGAAUUUCCCUUCUUGUGUUAAUCGGUUGACUUUUGUAACUAAAUUCUACCAAAUUGUAUUAUAAAGCAGAAUGUUUAUUUUCAAAGAAGAAAAAUGAAAAGCUUUUCAGAAAAUCAUAAGCAUAGGUGCCCAAAACCUAUUUUUCAACAUUUUGCGUCUGCCUCGGGAUUCGAACCAGUGACCUCUCGAUUGUGAGUCCAGUGCGCGGUCCGUUUGAUUCACACAGGCAGACAUGAAAAGCUUUUCAGAAAAUCAAUGUAUAAUGUAUAUUUUCGUGAGGUUUUCCCUUCUUUAAAAAUACACGAUCUUUAAUCGAUGUGAUGGAAUUUCGUGUAAGAGAUUUCCCUUCUUGUGUAAAUCAGGUCACUAUUGUGAUCAAAUUCUACCAAAUUUUACUAUAAAGCAGGGUGAUUAUUUUCAAAGAAGGGAAAACCCCAAGAAAAUUUAUAGCUUGAGUGUAUUUUUAAAGAAUGAAAAUCCUCAAGGAAGUACACAUUAUCAAUUGAUUUUCUGAAAAGCUGUUUAUUUACUAGAGGUUUUCCCUUCUUUGAAAAUAAACAUUCUGCUUUAUAAUAAAAUUUGGUAGAAUUUAGUCACAAAAGUCAACUGAAUAACACAAGAAGGGAAAUCCCUUACACGAAAUUCUAUCACAUCGAUUAAAGAUCGUGUAUUUUUAAAGAAGGGAAAACCUCAAGAAAAUAUACAUUAUGCAUUGAUUUUCUGAAAGCUUUUUUUUCUAGAGGAUUUCCCUUCUUUGAAAAAAACACAUUCUUCUUUAUAGUGCAGAGUUCCUUAACAAAAACUAGUUGAAAUUUAGUAGAAUUAACAAAAGAAGGGAUAAUUCUUACACAAAAUCCCAUUACUUUGAUGAAAGAACGUGUAUUUUUAAAGAAGGGAAAAUCUCAAGAUAAAAAAAGCUUUUCAGAAAAUCAAUGUAUAAUGUAUUUUUCCUUGAGGUUUUUCAUUCUUUAAAAAUACACUCAAGCUAUUUAUUUUCUUGACUGGACACAUUACACAUUGAUUUUCUGAAAAGCUUUUUAUUUUCUUGAGGUUUUCCCUUCUUUGAAAAUAAUCAUUCUGCUUUAUAGUAAAAUAUGGUAGAAUUUAGUCACAUAAGUCAAAUGAUUAACAAAAGAAAGGAAAAAAAUGAAAGAAUUGAAAGAAUGUAAAAAACAUCUCAUAUCUAUCGAUCUACAUUGUUACAUCUCGUGGUGGUUGAUAAUGUAUUGUUUCAAUAGUCAACACUUGCUUCUAUUGUUCAUGUCCGAACCUUUCACUUUCUUUUUAUCAUUCAUGUAUUUAUAUUCAUAUUGUUGUCAAAACCAACGGAGUACAAACUAAGUAAUUCUUAACCACAAGUUAGUGAG